AUGACGGAAAUACCGAUGGAUGUCAACCUGGAAGUUGAGGAUCACAGAAACCUGCAGCAUUGGUCUAAGGUGAGCGGUUUCAAUGAAUCUAUGCUGCCCAUAGAUAUGAGAUUUAACCAGGGCCACCUGCUUUCCAUAACGGUGUACAGCGUAUUACUGGUCAUUUCUGCAACUGGUAACGUCACAGUCCUCGCUUUGCUCAUUAGAAGAAGACGAAGGAAUCCUACCAGGAUCAAUAUCAUGCUGAUGCAUUUAGCUAUUGCUGAUUUAUUGGUGACUUUUCUAAUAAUGCCUUUGGAAAUAGCAUGGGCCAGCACAGUGUCCUGGAGGGCUGGUGCCUUUAUGUGCAGGAUGAUGGCAUUUUUCAGGACUUUUGGAUUGUACUUGUCGUCUUUUGUACUGGUGUGCAUUAGUGUAGAUAGAUAUUACGCAGUUUUGAAGCCCUUACAUCAAAUGGGUACGGACAAAAGGGGCCGGGUGAUGCUCGGGGUCGCUUGGUCGGCCUCCGCCAUAUUCAGUUUACCGCAAAUAUACGUGUUUCACUUGGAAAAUCAUCCGAACAUAACGUGGUACGAGCAAUGCGUCACCUACAAUAUUUUCACACCGUUCCAGGAGAUCCUUUACAACGCCACCGGGAUGAUGUUGUUGUAUUUAAUCCCUCUGGCGGUGAUCAGCUACUCGUACGCAUCCAUAUUGUGCGAGAUUUUCAGGAGAUCCAAGGAAUGCCGCGAAGGCGAUAAAAUGCGUCGUUCAUCGUUGGGAUUCUUGGGUCGUGCGAAAGUGAGAACUUUAAAAAUGACUGUUACCAUAGUCUUAGUUUUCUUCAUAUGCUGGACACCGUACUACGUCAUGAGCAUGUGGUAUUGGAUAGACCGAGAGACUGCAGUUCACGUGGACCAGCGCAUUCAGCGUGGCUUGUUCCUCUUCGCCUGCGCCAACUCCUGCGCCAAUCCCAUCGUCUACGGCGCCUACAACAUCCGCGCCAAAAGGCAGCAGACGCAGCUGAUCGUCAACAGGGUGCACGAUAGAUCAGGAUCGGUGCCCAGGCUCAGCUCGUCUGGUGCCCAGGCGAUCUUGGCCAUGAACCAGGUGAGAAGGGACAGCGAAUCAUUUGUUCUUCAGCCCAUUUUGAAAAAGACCAACGAUAAUGGAACUGGUAAAGAACAUUUGAUGAUACCGGAUAAAAAUCCGUUGACAGGGAAAUUAAGUCUGACCUUAAGGGAAAUUGAAUAG